AUGAAUUAUUUUACUCAGCUAAGAAUGAGAACUUUUUUAUCCGCCAUAAAAAAAUAUUCUCAACGUUGAGAAUAUUCUCAGCUGAGAAUAUUUUUUCUCAGCUGAGAAUUUUUUUCUCCACGAUGUAAGCGGUAGACGGAACUCUUUCGUGCUUGAAACCGAAAAAAGAGUGCUAAAGUCCGCGAAAAUGCAGGUGAGUUUUGAUGGUAGAGUCGUCUGUCAAGGUAAGUUCUGUUGUUAGUGGCCUCCAUAAUGGCAGAAAAAAACAAGAGAGGUGCAAACUGGACCACUGACGAGGAGCUAGCCCUUAUAGACCACGCAAAUCAAAGGGAGGAUGCCCUUUUUGGGAAAAUGAAAGGUUGUGGGGAUGUGAAAAUUGCUACGAUUCGGCAAAAUGGCUGGAAGGAAAUCUGUGAUAUUUUGAAUGCAAGAUUUACAGUUCGUAAAAGAACAGCUGAAGAAGUAAAGAAAAAGUACUACAACCUAAAACAGAGAAGUAGAGAAAAAUAUGACCUACAAAAGAGACCAAAAACAGGAGGAGGUCCUGCUGCCAAAACCACUCAGGCAGAGGAACUCCUCAUCAGUCAUAUGAUUGAAGAGAAGCGUACACAGCUGACUGGUUUUCCAGACGGUGUAGACACUGACAACAUACACAGCACACCAUUUAAGAAACAAUUGGCUGCAAGUGGAUCCUAUCAAGUUUCUCCAAUGCUGAAUGCAGUGCCUACUUACGGUAUCAUUCCCGUAGAGUCAAUGGCAAAUCCCAUAUUUAUCACUCCAAUUAUGACAACCUUGUCAGCUCCUGGAGCUCUAAUAGGCUUCCAAUAA